GGGGCUAGAGGGGAGCCGGAAGGGUUGCCAUGGAGAGACUGACACCCAGGGAACCACUUGGCCAUCCUCACCAGGGGGAGGCCUCUGCCUGCUGGCGGCUCACCGUGAAGGUCCUGGAGGCGCGGAGCCUGGGCUGGGCUGACCUGUUGAGCGAGGCAGACCCCUAUGUGAUCCUACAGCUGCCAACCGCACCUGGAACGAAGUUUAGGACCAAAACAGUCACCAACUCCAGUCAUCCCAUAUGGAACGAGAGCUUCAGUUUCCUAAUCCAGAGUCAGGUCAAGAAUGUUCUGGAGCUGAGCAUCUAUGACGAGGACUCAGUCACAGAGGAUGACACCUGCUUCAAGGUUCUCUAUGACGUCUCAGAAGUCCUCCCUGGCCAGCUGCUCCGGAAGACCUUCUCCCUGUGUCCCCAGGGGCAGGAGGAGCUGGAUGUGGAGUUCCUGAUGGAAGAAACGUCAGACCGCCCAGAAAGGCUCAUCACCAACAACGUCCUUGUGGCCCGGGAGCUAUCAUGCCUGGAUGUCCGUCUGGACAGCACAAGGAGCACGGCUCUUGUCGCAGAUCAGGAUAAGCUGGAGCUGGAGCUGGUGCUGAAGGGGUCAUAUGAGGACACACAGACGGCUGCUCUGGACACAGCCUCUGCCUUCUGCUUCCACUACAUGGCGGCUCAAGAGGCAGAGCUGAGCGGGCGCCUGAGGAGCUCGGAAAGCAAUGGCUGGAACUCAGACAGCUCAGCAGGGCACCUCACAGUGCCCCUGAGGUCCUUGGCUGUGGGGAAGGAGGUGACCAUUGACCUUCCUGCUACAAAUGUCCCAGGAGUGAGGCUGCAGCUCAAGACUGAGGACUGCCCCAAGGAGGUGGCCGUGCACCUGAGCUUCGACCUGUGUGCGGAGGAGAAAGCCUUCCUGAGCAGGAGGAAGCGGGUGGCGGCCAGGGCCCUGAAGCAGGCCCUGCAGCUGGAAGGGGACCUGCAGGAGCACGAGGUCCCCGUCGUGGGCAUCAUGGCCACAGGAGGAGGCGCUCGGGCCAUGACCUCUCUCUAUGGCCACCUGUUGGCCUUGCAGAAGCUGGGCCUCCUGGACUGCGUGACCUACUUUGGGGGCGUCUCGGGCUCUACAUGGACAAUGGCCCACCUCUACGGGGACCCUGAGUGGUCGCAGAGAGACCUUGAGGGACCCAUCAGACACGCCCGAGAGCACCUGGCCAAGAGCAAGCUGGACGCCUUCUCCCCAGAGCGCCUGGAGAGCUACCGGCGGGAGCUGGAGCUCCGGGCGGAGCAGGGCCACCCCGUGACCUUCGUGGACCUGUGGGCUCUGGCGCUGGAGGCCAUGCUGCACGGCCAGGUGAUGGAUCAGAAGCUGUCAGGACAGAGAGCUGCACUGGAGCGGGGCCAAAACCCCCUGCCCCUCUACUUGAGCCUCAAUGUCAAAGAGAACAAUCUGGGGACCUUCGACUUCAAGGAGUGGGUUGAGUUCUCCCCCUAUGAGGUCGGGUUCCUGAAGUACGGUGCCUUCGUCCCCUCCGAGCUCUUUGGCUCUGAAUUCUUCAUGGGGCGGCUGAUGAGGAGACUCCCUGAGUCCCGGAUCUGCUUUCUGGAAGGUAUCUGGAGCAACAUUUUCUCCCUGAACUUGCUGGAUGCCUGGUAUGACCUCACCAGCUCUGGUGACGACUGGAGACAGCAUAUCAAGGACAAGAUCAGGGACCUAGAGGAGCCCUCUGCCUCCUCAAGGACCUCCUCAAGGCCAGAGACCUCUUGGCUGCAGCCUGGAACAGCACUGGCCCAGGCGUUUAAGGGCUUCCUGACCAACAGGCCGCUCCACCAGCACAGCUCCAACUUCCUCCGGGGCCUCCAGCUGCACCAGGACUACUGUGGCCAGAAAGCCUUCUCCACCUGGGCGGACUGCCAGCGAGACUCCACCCCUGGCCAACUGACCCCAUGGGAGCGCCAGCUCUGCCUCGUGGAUGCCGGCUUCUUUCUCAACACCAGCUGUCCCGCCAUGCUCCGGCCAGGCCGCAGGCUGGACCUCAUACUCUCCUUUGACUACUCCCUAUCCUUGCCCUUUGAGGUGCUGCAGCACACAGAGCUGUACUGCCGGGGCCAGGGGCUGCCGUUCCCCCACGUGGAGCCCAGCCCUCAGGACCAGCACCAGCCCAGGGAGUGCCACCUCUUCUCGGACCCCACCUGCCCUGAUGCCCCUGUCCUCCUGCACUUCCCGCUUGUCAAUGCCUCCUUCAAGGACCACUUGGCCCCUGGUGUCCAGCGCAGUCCUGCACAGCUCCCGGCCGGCCAGGUGGACCUCACUGGGGCUACCUCACCCUAUUCCCUGUUCAACAUGACCUACAAGGAGGAAGACUUUGACCGCCUGCUGCAGCUCAGUGACUACAACGUACGGAACAGCCAGGGUGCCAUCCUGCAGGCCUUGAGGACCGCUCUGAAGCACCGGGCCCUGGGGGCCAGGCCUCCAGGGGCGCAGACUUGAGGCUGCUCAGGGGCCCCAGGAUCCUGAGGGCCACACUCGGACCCUCUCAGGGCUGGGGGCUUAACCCAGCCACAGCUGGGCACGGCCACAGCCA